AAUGUGGUAGGGCAUCAUAUGUCUAAUAACAAACAAAAAGCAUAGCAUGUGAAACUUCAACAAGUCCUUCACCUGCUAUGUCCCUCAAUAUUCCUCAAUAACCACGUCUCAUGCCUUUGCUAUUCUUCAUUUUCAUCAUAUUAUAUAUACAUACAGAUCAACAUUUCAACCCAGUCAAGUCAUCAGUCUUCAGUCUCCGCACACUAAGCUUUUAAAGCAUAAGUUGAUUAAUAUUCUUCUCAAUCUUUUCUGAAAUGGGUAUCCAGCUUAUGGGGAUUUCUCAUGCAAAACAAAAGCUUCAACGUAGUCUUUCAGCUAAACUUACAAGUGUUUUAGCUACUUCUCACAAUGUUCCCAGAGGUCACGUUGCAGUUUACGUUGGAGAAGGCUACAGAAAGAGAUUUGUUAUUCCAAUAUCUUACUUGAAUCAUCCUUUGUUUCUGGAGCUGCUGAAUCGUGCAGAGGAAGAAUUUGGUUUCGAUCAUCCAAUGGGAGGCCUCUCGUUGCCCUGCAGUGAAGAGUAUUUCACUAGUUUAACCUCAGUUUUGAGUUGCUCGUAAAGCAAAUGAUUUCAUUUGACAGAAAAUUCUUGCCUGUGAUUGGUGUACGAGCACCGACAUUUAUCUGGCUAUGUUGGGUUUCCAGCUAUUUGUCCACUGAUUCUUUUCCCCUUUUCUGAAGCUGUAAACAACUUGAGACUGCAAUUCUGUCUCAGUUUUGUUCUUCCUCAUCGCUUUAGGCUAUAAUUCAAUCUUAUGUAGACGUUGUGCAAUUUUGUAAAUAAAUUCUCUGUCGUAGAAUUUCAAAAAUUGCAAUUGUUUGCUAUUAUACAUAUAUAAAAAAGACAAAAAAAAAAAAAAAAAAAACAAC